AUGGCUUCCGAAGGAGGAACGCGAGCAAAUGUGAAUGAUCCCGCCAAAACCACCGGUGAAGAAGAGAAGCGAACAGAGGAAGACGAUCUCGCCAAGAGCAACGAUGAAGGAGAAGUGAAAACAGGGGACGAUGAUCCCGCCAAGAUUACCGGUGAAGAAGAGAAGCGAACAGAGGAAGACGAUCUCGCCAAAACCGACGGCGAAGAAGAAGCGAAAGCAGAGGAGGCUGAUCUCGACAAAACCGCCGACGAAGAAGAAGCGCGAGCAGAGGAGGCUGAGCCCGAGAAGGAAACUUUCAUGAGCGCUCUUGAUUUCGAUACAUUUGACGCUGCUUUUAAGCUCACCAUGGCAGAGGAUGAGCCUAGCGGAGGAAGUGGGAGUCGUCAACAAGUCUCAGUUACGAACAAUUCUCCAAGAAGUCUCAACGCUGCAGCUGCACCAUGGAGACCUAAUCAGAUUGCAAGGCCAGUGAUUCAAGAGCCUGCGUUUGCUGAUCACAACUAUGGUUUUGGUAUGCCGCAGCAGCAUUAUCAUCCGAAUGCAGGAGCUCCAAUGAUGUACGAGCAGUACCGAGGUCCAGCUCCAAUGUGGCCAGGGAUGUACAAUCAUCCACAGCAACCGAUUGUUCCCCACGUAGUCCUAGUUCCGGCUCCAAUGAUCCCAAUGAUGUACAAUCAGCCACAGGAACAGUUUGGUCAGGCUCCAAUGAUGCCAAUGAUGUACAAUCAGCCACAGGAACAGUUUGGUCAGGCUCCGGUGAGGCCAAUGGGGUACAACAACCAGCAGCAGCAAGUCUACCAAGGAGGACAACACUUUGGCUUUCCCAAUAAUGCAGCAGCAGCACCACGGCCUGAGAUGGAUCAAGAAAUGCAGCAACUUCAGCAUCAGAUGCAACAGCCAGCAGCGUCUCAGGGGUCUAACAGUGGACCAACUUCUGGCCAGAGGCAAGAUUAG